GGGCCGGCGGGGCCAAGCUGCCCAUGCGUGUAUUCUCUCUUCUCUGCGUGCCAAUGCGCAAGCAACCAGACGUGCCGAUGUAGAGAGAGAGAGAGCAGAAAGAAGGGGAGAUCACCAUAUAUAGAAGGUUCAGAGGUUGAAUGCAUUCUCGAGUCUCAGGAGGCUUUUGAGCUCUCUGAGGUCGACAGUAGAAGGCAAGGAAAGUUGGUGUGUGAAAGCUCUCGCUUGACAUUAGAGAUUGCAGGCACUAAUACUAGCCCAAGAAUCUGUUGCUUGGGAUACUGAGGCAAACUGAUCUGUUAGGCUCCUAAGAAGGUGAAAAAGAAUGACGAAGAAAGAUAGUGGUGGUGGUGAUCCACAGAGAGGGGAUGAUACAGAGAAGAAGGAAAGUGAAGGAGGCAACGGGAAAGUUGCCUCUGUCCCCUUCCACAAACUGUUUGCCUUCGCAGACCCGUUGGACGUUUUUCUGAUGACGGUGGGAACAAUCUCUGCAAUUGGCAACGGGCUGGCCAUGCCCCUUAUGACCCUUCUGUUCGGGGAGCUCAUCGAUUCAUUUGGCCAAUCACACCAAGCAACUGUGGUUCAUGAGGUCUCCAAGGUGGCACUUAAGUUUGUGUAUUUGGCUGUUGGAGCCGCAGUAGUAUCAUUUCUACAGGUCACGUGUUGGAUGACUACUGGAGAAAGGCAGGCUGCUCGUAUCAGGGGUUUGUAUCUCAGUAACAUUCUUAGACAGGACGUUGCAUUUUUUGAUCUGGAGACGAACACAGGAGAAGUUAUUGGCAGAAUGGCAGGUGAUACCAUCCUCAUCCAGGAUGCAAUGGGGGAGAAGGUUGGAAAGUUCGUACAGCUUGUGUCAACAUUCUUUGGUGGCUUUGUUAUCGCAUUUAGCAAAGGAUGGCUCCUUACUCUUGUUAUGUUAGCAUCAAUUCCUCUAAUAGUCAUUGCUGGGGGUGCGAUGUCCAUAACUAUAUCUAGGCUUUCAACCCGUGGGCAAGCUGCUUAUGCUGAAGCUGGCAUUGUAGUUGAACAAACAGUUGGAUCGAUUAGAACGGUUGCAUCAUUUACUGGAGAAAAGGAAGCUAUAACAAAAUAUAAUAGGGCACUAAAAGCUGCAUAUCUAGCUACUGUUAAACAAGGACUAGCUGCAGGCGUAGGAAUUGGAGCAGUGUUCUUAAUCAUUUUUGCCAGUUAUGCAUUGGCUUUGUGGUAUGGUUCAAAGCUCAUAGUUGACAAAGGAUACACAGGUGGACAGGUGAUCACUGUAAUGAUUGCUGUUAUGACCGGAGGAAUGUCCCUUGGUCAGGCUUCACCAUCUGUGAGUGCAUUUGCAGCUGGAAGAGCAGCAGCUUACAAGAUGUUUGAGACAAUUGAUAGGAAACCUGAGAUAGAUGCGUAUGACAAGAGUGGGAUUGUACUAGAAGACCUAAAAGGAGAUAUUGAACUGAAAGAUGUACAUUUCAGUUAUCCAGCUAGGCCUGAAGUCGUAAUCUUUUCUGACUUUUCACUGCAUGUGCCUUGUGGCACAACUGUAGCUCUAGUUGGGGAAAGCGGUAGUGGAAAGUCGACAGUUGUUAGUCUAGUUGAGAGAUUCUACGAUCCACAAGCUGGUGAAGUGCUCAUAGAUGGAGUUAACUUGAAGAAACUUCAGCUUGGUUGGAUUAGAGAAAAAAUUGGGCUUGUUAGUCAGGAGCCUGUUUUAUUUACAACAUCUAUAAAGGAAAAUAUUGCAUAUGGAAAAGCUGGUGCAACACUUGAGGAAAUCAAGACAGCUGUUGAGCUUGCAAAUGCUGCAAAAUUCAUAGACAAGAUGCCACAGGGCCUUGACACGAUGGUUGGUGAACAUGGUACACAACUAUCUGGUGGACAAAAGCAGAGAAUAGCUAUUGCUAGAGCAAUCUUAAAGAAUCCACGGAUUCUUUUACUUGAUGAAGCAACAAGUGCAUUGGAUGCAGAGUCUGAACGUAUAGUGCAAGAUGCUCUAACCAGAAUCAUGGUGGGGAGGACCACAAUUGUUAUUGCCCAUCGCUUGAGCACCAUAAGAAAUGCUGAUCUCAUAGCUGUUGUGCACCGUGGCAAAAUUGUUGAGCAAGGAUCCCAUGUGGAGCUAAUCAGAGAUCCAGAAGGGCCAUACUCUCAGCUUAUUCGUUUACAAGAAAUAAAUCAGGGUGAACAAGUGGGAAUGACUGAACCUGAUGCAGAAUUGAAUUUGGAGUCUAACAAGAUUUCCAGUAGAUCUGGUAGUCAACGAUAUUCGCUCAACCGAUCCAUUAGUGGACGAUCUUCUUCCCUUGGGCGGAGCAGUAGACACUCUUUCUCAGUAUCCUUUGGCCUGCCUGGCAUAAGUGGCAUUCAUGACAGUGGCCUCAGUCUCAACGAUGUCGAAGAUGGUGAUUAUACCUCUGCAAAGGCUGACAAGAAGGUCUCAGUUCGUCGUCUGGCAUACAUGAAUAAACCAGAGCUUCCUGUUUUAUUCUUAGGUUGCAUUGCUGCAGCAAUCAAUGGUGUUAUAUUUCCAGUGUUUGGUAUCUUGAUCUCAAGCAUCAUAAAGACAUUCUUUAAACCACCUCACCAGCUUCGGAAGGACGCAAACUUCUGGGCUCUAAUGUAUUUGGUUCUAGGAGUCACUGCUUUUCUCGUUGGACCCAUACAGUCAUAUCUUUUUGGAGUUGCUGGUGCCCAACUUAUCAAAAGAAUCCGGGCUAUGUCAUUUGAGGGGGUAAUUCACCAAGAAAUCAGCUGGUUCGAUGAUGCUGAAAACUCAAGUGGGGCCAUUGGGGCAAGAUUGUCAGCAGAUGCUGCAACAGUGCGAAGUCUUGUUGGUGAUGCAUUGUCUUUGUUAGUACAAAACAUUGCCACUAUUAUUUCCGGGGUCGUGAUUGCUUUUGUAGCCAACUGGCAGCUGUCACUUAUAAUCUUGGCGUUGCUUCCCUUGAUUGGUUUGCAAGGCUUUGCACAGAUAAAGUUUCUAAAAGGGUUCAGUGCAGAUGCUAAGGCAAUGUAUGAGGAAGCAAGUCAAGUAGCAAAUGAUGCUGUCAGUAGCAUUCGAACAGUUGCUUCCUUUUGUGCUGAACAGCGGGUGAUGGAUCUUUACCAGAAAAAAUGUGAGGCGCCUAGGAAAAGUGGAAUUCGGCAAGGACUCAUUAGUGGUCUUGGAUUUGGUUUCUCUUUCUUUGUUCUUUUUUCUUCCUAUGCACUGAGCUUUUAUGCCGGUGCUCGUCUUGUAGAAAGUGGAAAAACAACAUUUGGUAAAGUAUUUAGGGUUUUCUUUGCUUUAACAAUGACUGCAAUUGGAGUUUCACAAACAAGUGCUUUAGCGCCAGACUCUUCGAAAGCAAAGGCUGCUGCAGCCUCAAUCUUUUCAAUCCUUGACCGUAAAUCAAAGAUUGAUCCAAGCAAUGAAGCAGGUGACAUGCUGCCUAGUGUGAAGGGCGAUAUAGAGUUCCAACAUGUCAGUUUCAAAUACCCAACUAGGCCAGACGUGCAGAUAUUCAGAGACCUAUCUCUUAUUGUUUCUUCAGGAAAGACUGUUGCUCUAGUAGGAGAGAGUGGCAGUGGGAAAUCAACAGUUAUCUCUCUGCUCGAGAGAUUCUACGAUCCAGAUUCAGGACACAUAUUGCUUGACGGCGUGGAAAUUCAAAAGUUUCAGUUGAAAUGGUUGAGGCAGCAGAUGGGGUUAGUUAGUCAGGAGCCUGUAUUGUUUAACGACACAAUCCGCGCUAAUAUAGCAUACGGGAAGCAAGGGGCAGUCACUGAAAAGGAGAUCAUUGCUGCUGCACAAGCAGCUAAUGCACAUCAAUUCAUCUCAGGGCUGCCAGAAGGAUAUGAUACCAAUGUUGGCGAGCGCGGGGUUCAGUUAUCUGGAGGACAAAAGCAGAGGAUAGCCAUCGCAAGGGCGAUCAUCAAGGACCCAAAGAUCCUUCUUCUUGAUGAGGCCACAUCUGCUCUAGAUGCAGAGUCAGAACGGGUGGUUCAGGAUGCACUGGACAGAGUUAUGGUGAACAGAUCUACCAUUGUCAUUGCACAUCGUCUCUCAACAAUUCAAGGUGCAGAUUUGAUUGCUGUGGUCCAGAACGGUGCGAUUGCAGAGAAGGGCAGACAUGAAGUGCUCAUUGGCAUGAAAGAUGGGUUGUACGCAUCACUUGUGGCACUGCAUAAAAGUUCUAGCUGAUGCAGUUUGCCUUUUUUUUUUUGCGUAACGAUUCUUUCAUGCAAACGAGAAGGAUGUCUCGAGUCUCGAUGCGAGAGGGAACCCUUCGGCUGUAAGUGUCGUUUUCUCUAAAUUUCAAGUACAUGUUCUUUGUAUUAGUGAGAAAGUAAAGGAAAGUUUGUGUAUUAAUACCAACAGCAGGCGCUCAUGUAUCAAAGAGGCUGAGAUUGAGUGCAGAAGGCGAAUUUACCGGCAAGUGAUCGAUGUAAUUCUUUACUGAAAGGCUGCAACUUUGGCAGCUUAAUAUAUUUAUUAAAAAUUUUGUUAUCUUCA